GUGAUGGGUGCCGUGCUGCUUGCCAUCAUGAUCCCUUGCGACAAGGACUUAACGACCACGCUCGCAUCUAACAUGGCAGCUCCAGGCUUCUCGAACGGACACGUCCUUCUCGCAGAAGCGUGUGGCACAUUUAUGCUUUGCUUCACCGUCUGGGAGACGGCCGUUAGCCCGGUCUCGAGCUGUGGCAAGAACGCCUGCAUUGC